UAGUAUGUAAAAUGAUUCGUUAAUAAAUAGCCACCAUGGAUGUGUAUCUUAGAUCUAUGAUCCUAACAGUGUGCAGCGCAACAUCCUGAAGACUCGACAGAAGACGAAGUCACGUGACAUCUGAUCAGCUGACAUCAUUGACGCUGAGGAAGACGGCUGAUAGCAUUAUGAUAAAAUUUCUCGAAAAAUUACCGUCUGAAGAAUGCCCCAAACUCCUGCACAGGGUGGUGGAUGGGGUGUGCGGCCGCAGUGGACCGAGGCGGACAGAUUACGGUGAACGGUGGAGUCUAACAGAGUGGGUGGAGUUAACGAACACUCUCUCCUCUUUUAUCCGCUUUGCUGUGGGAAGGGGCUGUUCAGAUCAAGAGAUCCAGGAGCUGUUGAGCGAGUUGGACACGGCCCAUGCUGAGGCUGUUCUCCAGUGUGUACACUCCAGGUCUGAAGAGAUCAGGCAUGCUUUGGUGGACAGAACCAAUGGCAUCUCAAGCACACAGCUUCAGGAUUUCAACUGGCAGUUGAAGCUGGCGUUAUCCAGCGACAAGCUGUCCGCUUUAAACACUCCUCUGCUAAAUCUCAGUCUGGACCUGAAGGAGAAUGGAAUUCAGAGAUCAGUGAAUAUAGAAAUGAACAAAGAGGAGCUGCAGACUCUCAUCAGUGCACUAGAGGCUGCUAAUAAGGUUGUGUUGCAGCUGAAAUGAAGAUGGCAGCGAAAGAUGGUUCUGUGCCAUCAUACUUUCAUAGAGAGGAUUUCUGAGCUCUGAAUUAUGAGACGAUGCCUGAGCAAACGGAAACCCUACGGACAGAACUGGGAACCUGCCGGUGACUCUUCUGAGGUCUUCACGAAGGACUGAAUGUUAUUGUUCAAGCUCCAUCAGCAUGGACCACCGAUGACUUGAAGUGGUGGCAGGGUCAUUUUGAGGCUGAGUAUUUUGCACUAUGAGAAGCUAAAUGCCCGAAACAGAUCUUGCUUCUCGGUUCUCCAUGAAAUUCGAAUGCAUUUUUAUUUCACACCCCAAACGGUUGACUUUCUAAAUAAAGUAAUUAAAAACAUUAAAUGUCAGCACUUGAAUGGUGAUUUCUUCCUUUCUGAAAAUGCAAGUUAACAUAAUGACUAAUAGGCAGAGACCCUCAGACUUUUCAACACGAUCAUGUGACACAGCUCACUUGUAAUCCUGAAUUUCAGGUUUGGUGUGCACAUGUUAAAGAGGACUAAAUGCUGUAUGAACGGAAUUUUGUCUUCAUUACUGUAGGAUCAUCUUAGGUCCAUUCCAUGAAGAACCGUGGGUGACUGGUUUGACACUUUUUUUAUUUUUAGUAAUUUUUUAGUUAGUUCAUCAUUGAUUAUUAGUCUUCCCAGAUCACAAAAACACCAUGUGGUAAUGCAAAGGGGAAAAAAAGGAAAUGGAGUACAAAAAUCAGAUCUGCACAUUAUGCUUGGUGAGAUAUUUUAUUUGAAUUCAUUCAAAAUGUCUAUGAUUUAAAAUAAAGUAUCCUUAAGAACAACUGGUUGCAGUCCUAUGAUUAAAUACAUAAACUCAAAUACAAACACCCUGUCUGGUUCAGUGACAGUAAAUUCUCCUUCAACAUACUUGUGCACUGGCCUAUAGCAUGAGUGCAAUUACAGAAGUCAUACACGGAUGAUAUGAUACUGUUUUUAAAAAUACUUUUUCCUUUUUUUGGCAUUUGCUGUUGUAGGCAUCUCAAGCCAAAAACACCAUGUAUGAAUGAUAGAUGGCCUAUCAAAAGUUAAAUAUGACUUCACUUUUAUGUGUAUGUGCGUGUAUUCAUGCUGAUUCUGGCUGGAGCGUGAAUAUGCUUUGUUUUUACAUUGCCAGUCUUUGAUUAGCAUUAAUGGAGAAUUUCGUACUGAGCAGCUCAUGUCCCAGUCAGAUUGAAACAAAGAGUUGCAAUGCAAGCAAUUUA